UCCUAGUGUCCAACGUUGGGAAACUUCACAGCAGGAAAAAGGUCACACUUUGAAAAAUCUGAUCUAAUAAACCCGUAAUUUCCCAUAUCCACUUCCAAAUUCCAAUUAUUGAUAUCAAUUCCCGCGAUCGAAGCAGCCAUCGUCAAUGUUCAACAACAACAGCAUAUCAAUCUCAGUCUCCGACGAUGAAGCGGACGAGCUCGGCCGGAUGAGAGUCCGAGUUCGAAGAAAGCCCAAGAAACUCGGCCAACGACCCAAGCAUCGAAUCGCUAGAAUGCUCGUCAGGUACUGGGCGCUUCUCAUUUUUCUUCCGGCCCUCGGGUUGUUUCUGUUCGAGGCUUCCAGGAUCAGCAAGAAGCCGAGUUUGGUUGAGUCGGAGCGCAAUACGGUGAAGAACCCGAGUUUGGAGAAGAACUCGGAUGCGAAUUUGAAUCGGCUUGAUCAUACGACUCGGGUUGUUGGAGGCGUUAGACAACGUUGUUUGGACAUUCUAUCUCCUGAAGAACUUGAGCAACUCGAAAUUCCUGUGCGUGAAGAGUCCGAUAGUCCUGUUAAGAAAGUAUUAUACAGAUUAGGAAAUGACACUUCGUUUUUAGGAGGGAACAACAGUCUUUCUCAAGAGCAACCAGAGGCCACAAGAUUUAAUUCAUUUACUGGAACUCAAACACUAGAUCAGAGAGAGAUAUCGUUUAAGGUAAAUGAAACUGUUACUAUGAACUGUGGUUUCUACAGUGAAAAUGAAGGGUUUAAAAUCUCAAAUGCAGACAAGGAGUACAUGAAUAGUUGCAAGGUUGUAGUGUCCACAUGUGCAUUUGGUGGUGGAGAUGAUCUUUAUCAGCCUAUUGGAAUGUCAGAGGCUUCACUUCGAAAGGUUUGCUAUGUUGCUUUUUGGGAUGAGAUUACUCUAAGUACACAGGAAGCGGCUGAACGUAGAAUUGAUGGGGAUGGAUUUGUUGGGAAAUGGCGUGUUGUGGUUGUUAAAGAUCUUCCCUUUACGGACCAAAGGUUAAAUGGAAAGAUCCCAAAGAUGUUGCCCCAUCGUCUUUUUCCUCAUGCAAAGUAUUCCAUUUGGGUAGACUCAAAGUCCCAAUUUAGGAGGGACCCUUUAGGUGUGCUCGAAGCCCUGCUUUGGCGUUCAAAUUCUGUACUUGCGAUCUCAGAACAUGGAGCACGGAGUAGCGUUUAUGAUGAGGCGAAGGCUGUUGUAAAAAAAAACAAGGCCAAACCAGAAGAAGUUGAGGUGCAGUUGACUCAAUACCGACAUGAUGGCUUGCCAGAAGACAAGAGGUUCAACGGAAAGAAGGCUUUAUCUGAAGCAUCUGUUAUUGUGAGGGAGCAUACACCGUUGACUAAUAUGUUUAUGUGCCUCUGGUUCAACGAGGUGGUUCGAUUCACUUCUCGUGACCAGCUUAGUUUCCCAUAUGUCUUAUGGCGGCUGAAAGUGCUCAAGAACAUCAACGUGUUCCCUGUAUGUACCCGGAAAGAUCUUGUUAAUAGUAUGGGUCACAUACGCAAGGCCAAGCCACUGAGAAGUUGACUCUUAGGUAAUGGGGUAGUGCUUCCAAUUUAUUGAACAGGGGUGUACUGGGGCACUCUCGGGCGUACCUGGGCUGUAGUAAAUUCCUUCAUUUGUUUGUAAUUUCAGUUGGCGCUUCCAUAUUUGAAUUUUGUUCAUAAACAUUUUACAGGAAGAGAAGAAAAAGUUUUAGCUUUA